AUGGCAGAACGACCAGCCACUAUGGUGCAAACUGACCACCAGAGGGCAGACACUCAAUGCAGAAGUGUGUUUUUCACCUCCCCCCACCACCUCCAGGAUGCUUCAUCUGCAGACAUUAGAAAAGCAUAUCGUAAGCUUUCAUUAACUUUGCAUCCAGACAAGAAUAAAGAUGAAAAUGCAGAAACUCAGUUUAGACAAUUGGUGGCCAUUUAUGAAGUUUUAAAGGAUGAUGAACGAAGGCAGAGGUAUGAUGAUAUUCUGAUCAAUGGACUUCCAGAUUGGCGGCAGCCUGUAUUCUACUACAGGCGGGUGAGAAAAAUGAGCAAUGCUGAGCUGGCAUUACUUUUGUUCAUUAUCCUCACAGUGGGUCAUUAUGCUGUGGUGUGGUCAAUCUACCUGGAAAAACAACUGGAUGAACUGCUUAGUAGAAAAAAAAGAGAAAAGAAAAAAAAGACAGGUGGCAAGAGUGUGGAUUUAUCGAAACUUGGUGCUUCAGAAAAAAAUGAAAGAUUACUGAUGAAACCACAAUGGCAUGAUUUGCUUCCAUGCAAGCUGGGGAUUUGGUUUUGUCUUACACUAAAAGCAUUGCCUCAUCUAAUCCAGGAUGCUGGACAGUUUUAUGCUAAAUAUAAAGAAACAAGACUGAAGGAAAAGGAAGAUGCAUUGACUAGAGCUGAACUUGAAACACUUCAAAAGCCAAAGAAAAUUAAAGUAAAAAAACCAAAACCUGAAUUUCCUGUGUAUACACCUUUGGAAAGUGCAUAUAUUCAACCAUAUGAUCAUGGAACUUCUAUAGAAGAAAUUGAGGAACAAAUGGAUGAUUGGCUGGAAAACAGGAACAGAACACAGAAAAAACAGGCACCUGAAUGGACAGAAGAGGACCUCAGCCAGCUGACAAGAAGUAUGGUUAAGUUCCCAGGAGGGACCCCAGGUCGAUGGGAAAAGAUUGCUCACGAAUUGGGUCGAUCGGUGACAGAUACUGAUUGGAGAUUUUCUGCCUGCUUGGAAAAGACCCAGUUAGGCAGCAAAACAAAAGACAGGUGGGUAGAUUUAAACAGAUUUGGGGUCAGGGACGAAGGGGACUGUAUGCAGUAUCCCUACACCACCCCACCCCACGCAUCCACACGCUGCCCUCAGAAGAGCAACAAGUGGUUUUCCCAAGGAUCUAGGUUUCUCCAAAUGUUUCUUCCAAGACUAACUGGAAUUUUGUUAGUGUCUCCGUACUGUUUGCCUAGAACCAGGAAAGUGCCCUUUCCCACAGGGACGGUGAGGCUCUCUGAGCUCAAGUCAACAGCUCAGCAUUCCAGGCCCGGCAAGGCCACCGUGGCCCUGCCCGACGACAUCAUCACCCAGCGGGAAGAUGCCCAGCAGGCUGCGGGCGCUGGGCGCAUGAGCGAGCAGGAGCAGGAGGAGCAGGAGGAGCAGGAGGCCGCGGUCCCGGAAGGCCAGCCGAGGAGACGCAAGCCAGCCAGGCUGCCCGAGGCGGCGGCGAAGGCGGAGCCAGAGGAGAAGUUCCGUGGAAAGAGGCAGAAGGACUUUGAUAUAUCCGAACAAACCGCAUCAAGCGACGAAGAGAGCCAGAGGAAAGAGAGAAGCCGCACUGCAGAGGAGCCAUGGACUCAGAAUCAGCAGAAACUUCUGGAAUUAGCAUUACAGCAAUACCCAAAGGGAUCCUCUGACCGCUGGGACAAGAUCGCCAAAUGCGUCCCGUCUAAGAGUAAGGAAGACUGUAUCGCUAGAUACAAGUUGCUGGUUGAACUGGUCCAAAAGAAAAAACAAGCUAAAAGUUGAAUAUUCUGGAAGAUGAUGUUCACCUUCAUUUUCCAAAAUGAGUAUUUUAAAACUCUUAUGCAGAAAUUUGCAUUUUGUACCUCAGCAUUCUAUGAAUCAUGUGCCUUAAUAAAAAAAUAAUAAAUGUAAAGUAAAUGUU